AAAUCAACGAACAACGAAGAGCAAAGAUAGAUGAAUGGUUGGAUGGCCUAACGACGCUGAAUGAGAGUAGCUAUAGGCAUCGGCGUACUAGGGAUAUGCUUCGACUUGUCUCGGGGGAUUGGCUUAUCAAGAAUCCAGUUUUCUAAGCAUGGUUUGAUGGAGAUAAUCCAUAUUUCAGCACCAUUUGGCUUCAUGGCGAUCCAGGUUCGGGGAAGUCCGUUAUGUGUGCCCGAGCCGUGACGGAAGCAAAAAUCCGAUCAAAAAGCCAACAGGUUGCUGUCGCUUUCCAUUACUACAGUUUCGAUAAUGACGACAUUAACUCAUCAAACACGUAUCGCAAUAUUGCGACUCAACUUUUUCACGAACUAGUCGGGCCCGACGAUAUAUCAGAUCUCCUCAUCGACCUCACUUUAUCUCUUGAUAUGGAAGACGCACUCAGAACUUUUAUCCAGAUAUUAGUCAUGAAGUCGAGACAGACAUAUAUCUUCCUGGAUGGGAUUGAUGAAGAAAAGACACCCUCAAAACGUUGGCAGGAUGCACGGGGAGUCCUUGGCUUUCUUGUCAAUCUUGCGCGGCAACCUGAUGCGCGGCUUAAAAUUUGGGUUAGUUCCCAGGACUGGCCGGCCAUCCGCGGUGAACUAGGUGAAUUCCAAGGGAUUGUUAUAGACGAGGCGACCAACAGCAAGGACAUUGAAGCCUUUUGUGAAGAAACUCUUCGGGUAAGAUUACCAAGCAUGUUUUCUGCGCCUAUAACGCGAGUUGCGGCUUCCAUUCUCAGUGAUCUCAAAGCGCAAGUCCACGGGAACUUCCUUUGGGCUAGCAUGAUGGUUGAGUCAAUAUCCGACGCUAUCAGUAUUAAAGACCUGCGGAGGAAGAUCAAACAAGGUCUCCCAGAAGAUUUUGAAGCUUACCUCUCAAAACAAGUACGAGAUCUGAAGGGGUCCCCACUAGUAGCAAAGAUUCUAUCGACUCUGACAUAUGCCAAGCGCCCACUGUCUGUCGAAGAACUUAGCGAAGUCAUUGCCAUUUUAGAAUUGGAGCCCGGAGAGGAUCUCGGAGAUGAGGACCAAGUCUUCGAGGAUAAAAUCCUAUAUUAUUACGCUCCCCUGACUCGUGUGGACGAGAUAAUCAGAGACGGGGUGCCAGUGAAGAUAUGCACUUUGUGUCACGGAUCCGUAAAGGAAUUUCUAUUGCAUAACCGCAGGAUACUUACAGAUACUAACUUAUGAGAGCUCCAACAGACCGAGAUAGAUCCUAGUAUACUAGCGGACGCCUGUCUGAGAUAUCUUCAGCAGCCGCAGUACUCUCACUUACUUAAUAG